CCUAGGCCUUCUGCUCGAGCUCCAACUCCCCAUGGCGGCGACGCUGAGCCUGGAGCCCGCGGGCCGCAGCUGCUGGGACGAGCCGCUGAGCAUCGCCGUGCGCGGCCUGGCCCCCGAGCAGCCCGUCACGCUGCGUGCCGCCCUGCGCGACGAGAAAGGCGCGAUCUUCCAAGCCCACGCGCGCUACCGCGCCGACCCCCACGGCGAGCUGGACCUGGCGCGCGCGCCCGCGCUGGGCGGCAGCUUCGCGGGGCUCGAGCCCAUGGGGCUGCUCUGGGCCAUGGAGCCCGAUCGGCCUUUCUGGCGCCUGAUCAAGCGCGACGUGCAGACGCCCUUCGUGGUGGAGCUGGAGGUGCUGGACGGCCACGAGCCCGACGGCGGGCGGUUGCUGGCGCGGGCGGUGCACGAGCGUCACUUCAUGGCUCCCGGGGUGCGGCGCGUGCCCGUGCGCGAGGGCCGUGUGCGCGCCACGCUCUUCCUGCCUCCAGGAGAAGGCCCCUUUCCAGGGAUUAUCGAUGUCUACGGUGUUGGCGGGGGCCUGUUGGAAUACCGAGCCAGCCUUAUGGCUAGCCAUGGAUUUGCUACACUGGCUCUGGCUUUUUAUGACUUUGAAGAUCUCCCUAAGGAUUUCACCAUCGUGGAAGUGGACUACUUCGAGGAAGCAGUGUGCUACAUGCUCCAACACCCCAAGGUAAAGGGCCCAGACAUUGGGCUUCUGGGUCUUUCUCUGGGAGCUGAUAUUUGCCUCACCAUGGCUUCGUUCUUGAAAAAUGUCUCAGCCACAGUUUCCAUCAAUGGCUCUGCAUUCAGCGGGAACAGACACAUACACUACCAGCAGACCAUGAUACCACCAUUGGGCCAUGACCUGAGGAGAGUGAAGGUGGCUUUCUCUGGCAUUCUGGACAUUGUGGAUAUCCGGAACGAUCCUGUGGGCGGCUGUGAGAACCCCAGUAUGAUCCCUAUAGAGCAGGCCAAGGGGCCCAUCCUCUUCAUCGCUGGGCAGGACGAUCAUUGCUGGAGGAGCGAGCUGUACGCUCAGACAGCCUCGGAACGGCUGCAGGCUCGUGGAAAGGAGAGGCCGCAGGUAAUCUCCUACCCUGGGGCUGGCCAUUACAUUGAGCCUCCUUACUUCCCCAUGUGCCCAGCUUCUCUGCACAAAAUAGUGAACAGAGCUGUGCACUGGGGAGGGGAGGUCAGGGCUCACUCCAGAGCCCAGAUAGAUACAUGGGAGCAGAUUCUGGCCUUUUUUGGCAGACACCUACAGAGUACCCAGAGCAGAGCUUCCUCUAGAUUGUAGUGUGUUUGUCCGUUAGUGGACAUGGUAGGUUCAAGUCACACUUUGAUGUUCAGUAACUUCUUGGGGAUCAGUUUUCUGCUAGAUAACAUUAAAUUCAU